AUGGACAACAAAGAGUUCAGAAAUGAGAUCAGGAGAAUCAUCAAUGAUCGUAUCACUAUGGUUGCAAAAGAACUCCACGAAAAAGGCCGACGUUGGGCUGAUAUGUUCACGGAAGAAGACAACCGGGCCAUAGAGACAUAUACGAUUGACUCGGUUGGAGAGAGCGAGCAGGAAGCGGCAGAGUGGGAAGAAAAAAGAAGGGAGAAGGAUAGAAAAAGGCUCAAAAAAGCCGAGGCUCGACUUCACAGCAACAAAUCGCUGGAGAAUGAAGGUACUGCUAGCCCCAAGACCUCUAAGAGUUCAUCGGUAGAAAAGGCAGAGGUAAUCCCCGAGGAUCCCGUGCCACAAGAAACCUGUUCUAAACUUACGACACUAAAUAGCAGCACCUCAGCUUCCACGUCUAACAUUGAAGCAGCUUCGAGUGAAAGCAAUUCACAGUUGCAGAGUGACUGGCCAGAUCGUCAAAUGGACAACAAGGACAACGUUGGAGAAAAUGUUCCCAUUUCUGAUGAAGCACCACUUCAAUGCAAAAAGGAUCCUGUGUCAGCUUCAGAGAGCCAUCACAACAAAAGCUUCGAGCAAGGUCUUCGGCGGAGAUCAGCUCAAGAACGUCACCGUAACUAUCGUUAUAAGAGCAGCUGGUCGGCUCGCCGAAUAAACUGGAGAGAAACUCUUCACACCAAGGGAGCUCUCAGCAGAGACUCGACUGGAGAUCAAAUGGAACGGGAACGGAUUCGCAAAUUCACAACAACCAUGAUUGGUCAAGUCAUCGAGUGA